UCCGAUCCGGCGACAUCCAGUCACACGGGUCGACGGGCCGCCGCGCAGCCGCUCUUCGAUCUCUCUCCGCCCCGGCCGGCCGCUCGUGGAAACGUCGCCCUCCGGUCGUGCGGAACCGACAUUAGCGGGAAGAAACCGCGCCAUGCUCGGUUAGUGUUGCCCCUCUCCUAUGUUUUCAUCCUCGCUGCAUAGCUGUCGUACGUCAUUGUGCCCCGCCGGCCACCACGCCUCCUUCCCGUGUAUGAUAGCACUCGUCCAGCCGUUGGCUCCGCUUGCGCUUCUGAGUUCCCCGAGCACAAUGCCCCAAACCCCUAACCUUGCAGCUAAUCCCUCUGCCAGCUCUCGCUAUUGUUACUGCCGCCUGCCUCGAGGGGUUCCAUCUCCGUCGAUGAAUCUCGAUCAAGAUGGUAGAUUUGUAUUCACAAAUCACAAAGUACAAGGGAAGGGCGCGCUGAUGGCUGUGCUGACGGACUCUGCGAGCUGCUCGUUCUGCACAGAGGAUGAUGGCCCGUGCUUCGCUCGAUAUGUUGCUGAGCAGGUGGAUCAAGCAUCAAGCUGCAGGGAUCUUUUUUUAUCCAUCCAAGUGAUGUCCAGUUUCUCCAGGGAUCAAGCAUUUGUUCCCUUCACACGGUCUUUGGUUGUGCGAGCUCACGACAAUGACUGCCAAAGUGUUACUGCCCAUGAACAGGGCAUGAAGGCGACGAGUGAACCAUGAAUAGUUCUUGAAGGAAACGACUGCACAUUUUGAAGGAAACGGUUGGCUGUCUCUGCUUCGGUUCCACCAGCGAUGUCUGCACCAUGUUAGACCAAAUGGCACAUAGGAGUGCCAGCUAGCUAGCUAGAGCCUGCUUGUUGCGUGGGACAUCAUUGAGGGAGCAUGAUGCUUUGAUGGGAUCAGUGCAGGAUGUGUCUCCUUUUCGGAUAUGCUAAUGCUAAGGAUGAAAGGUUCAAGCUCUUCGUGAAGAUAUGAUGGAUGUCCAGGUAGCUUCUCAGCACAACAAUUGGCAUAUCUUCCAGUAGAAGGUUUGCACUGCUCUGUAAUUUUUUUCUUCAAAGACAGCCAUCUUCAUAUUGAACCCAUCCUUGCUAUUGGCUUCAGAGUUUGUUUCCCUUUAUUUUUCAAACAUUGCAUCUUGUAUCCUCAUCCUCAUUGCUAAAGUUAAUCUAGGUGAUUCUGAAGUUAAGUUUAAAUUUUGUAUGAUUUUUGUUAAUUGGCACGGACAAUCUUCUAUUCAAAUUAAA